AGAUUCUGAUGGUAAUGUUGGGUUGUGUGCCUGCGUAAUCUUUUGACGUAGAGGAUGGAUAUUUUUCUUUCUGUUAUCUUACAAGUAUUGGGCACUAGUGUUUUCUUGAAUUUCAAUCCGUGUGGUUUCUUGUGCUUUCCUUUGCUAGAUUGUAAUCGUAAAUUUAAUUAUCGUGCCGUAGUGUUCUUGGUAACUCAUGUAGGGAUGAACUAAAAGCCAUAGUCGUGUUUUGGCAUCUUGAAUGCUUUGAUCAUGAUUCAUGAGUACAGCCUUAUAUGUGCUGUACAUGUAUUAAGAAGAAAAUUCUCUCUUUCAUAGGAAACAUUUCUCAAAGGACAAAAAAAAUCUUUUCAUAUGCCAAAGUCUGCUACUUGUAGUAGUUUGUGCUGCAAAUAUGCGAUGAAGCAGGUUGUAAGGCAUUAUCACUUAAGCAGCAAUCUGCCUUGGGGAAGCUUUUUCCGCAGGGUUGCUUGUAGUUGUUGCCCUGUUGUAGAGGCCGGGUUUUUAAUCCAUUAUCUAAAAAAAAAAAGUUGUUGCCCUGUGUCUUGCUAAUGCUAUAUGUCCUCAUUUCAUUUCUGUCGAGUGAAAUACAAAUUCAGAUCUCCUUAAUUUCUACCAAAGAAGAAUUUUGCACAAAACAUGGAUUUUGUCAUCUUCUAUGUUCUGCACCAUGUAGAACGCUUAUUACGAUUUGAUAUUUUUCCGUCAUGCUUAUUAUACUACUUUUUUUUCUCAGUAGACAGAUCGAGUUUUGUCUCAAAGUUCAGUUUCCUUACAUUUUGGUUGUAGUAUCAACAGGCAAAAGCUGCUUCCCCAUUCCAUGCUGUACACAUUUAUGACCAUUCGAUUUUAUGCAAGUAUUUCCUUUAAGUGUUUCUUUUCUCUGGCAUGUUCUAUGAGUUGGAGAGGUCUGAAGCCUACAGUCCUUUCCAUGUUGCUUUAGCAAGGAAUAGAGAAACGUAUCACUUUCUAAACCAGUUUCUUCUCAUAAUGGAUUUGCACCAUAGCAUUCGAACAUAAAUAAUUUCAUUGAAAAACAUAAAUAAAUCAAAUUUAUUCCUUGAUUAUGAAAUCUUCAGAAGGUCAAACAAACAAUUGUUUGUAAUCAGCCAACAUCUAGUUGCUCCUAUCUUCCCUCUUAGCUUAAGGAUUAUAUUAGGAUUAUUUAUUAAUCUAUAGGCUGUUUAUCUCCUAAACUUUUACACUCCUAGAUAGUUACUCUCCUAGACCUUUGGUCUUAUGUAACUCCCUAGUAUUGAUUGUAAUUCUGCUAUAUAUAUAUGAGAGUUCACCUCCCCACAUUGGUGAGGCAUCUAUUCCACUUUCUCUACAUGGUAUCAGAGCCUAGGCUCUUACCUUCUUUUCCGCUGCUCUAGCACGCUGCCAUCACAGCUGCAUCCCAGCCAUGUCGACUGAAUCAACUCAGUCCUCCACCUCCUCGGCCUCGAGUGGUUCUUCUUCUUCCAGCACCACCAGCGAAUUCCUCCACCCCUACGCCACGGUCGCCGUCAAAUCCCACGUCCCCAUCACCCUAGAAAACACCCACCCGAACUACAACAAAUGGAGGGCCUUCUUCACAUCUUUGUGCGGCAAGUUCGGGUUGAUGGCUCACAUCGACGGUUCCGCUCCUCCACGCCCCAAUGACCCGGCUUGGGAACAGGCCGACUGCUGCAUCCGCAGCUGGAUCUUCGGGUCAGUCGCCGACAACGUCCUUGACCUCGCCAUGGAGCCCGAUCAGACCGCGCGGGAGCUCUGGGUCGCCAUCGAGGACAUGUUCCACGCCAACAAAGAGCCUCGAGCGAUCUUCCUCAGCCACCAGUUUCACUCCAUGAUUCAAGGCGACUCCUCCAUCGACGAUUACUGCCAGAAGAUGGAGACCGCUGCCGACGCUCUUCGCGACGUCGGCCACGCCGUCACCGAAUCCCAACUCGUGCUUAACCUCCUCCGAGGCCUGAACGAGCGCUUCUCCAACACCGGAGAUAACAUCGCCGGCGCAGCCGUCCUCCCAAGCUUCACCUCAGCGCGCAACACCCUCCUGCUGAAGGAGUUGCGCAUCGCCAACGAAGCCAGGGUGGCGGCAGCCACGGCGCUGGUGGCCAGCGGCGGCUUCGGCUCCGGUUCCUGCCCUCCCGGCGGCUGCAUCUCCUCUGGCGGUGGGGGUGGCGGCAGUGGGAGUGGUGGCGGCGCACGCCAGACCUUCCCGGGCGGUGGGACUGGUGGCGGCGGCUUCCCUGCUGGCCAGGCCCGCACCGGCGGCAACACGAACCGCCGCAACCGCAAGGGAAAUGGUGGACGUGGCGGUGGAAAUGGAGGAGGGAACGGCGGCGGCAGUGGGGGUGGUGGUGGCGCUCGCCAGGCCUUCUCUGGCGGCGGUGGCGGCGGCGUUUCCUCUGGUGGCGGCGGCUUCUCUGCUGGAGGGAGUUCGACCGGCUGGGUGGCCAACCCUAGCUGGAGGCUGGCCGGGCCUUGGGUUUGUUUUAACCCCUGGCCGGCCCAGCAACAGGCCUGGCGCCCCUCUUCGGCCGGCCUUCUUGGGCCGGCUCCGACGGCCCACUACUCCCAGGCCAAUACCACAUAUGCUGGGCCAUUUGUGUCGCCCACAUCUGCUCCUACAGGCCAGCCCAAUUGGGAGCAAGCUGGCCUCAUUGCAGCACUGAACCAGAUGGCCUUCCAAAGCCCAAACAACUGGGUUUUGGACACCGGCGCGACAUCUCAUAUGUCCUCCACUGAUGGUAUCCUCGUUACACGCUUGCCUAACUCUUACACUUUUAUUACUGUUGGAAAUGGUCAAACUAUUCCCGUUACUUGUCGUGGCACCUCUUUUCUACCCAUAGGAACCACCAAAUUUGCACUCAAAAACAUCCUUGUCGCCCCUUCCUUAGUUCGUAAUUUACUUUCAGUUCGUCAGUUUACCCGCGACAAUAAAUGUUCCAUUGAGUUUGAUGAAUUUGGUUUCUCUGUUAAGGACCUUCAGACCCGGCGCGUGAUUCUUCGCUGCAAUAGUCACGGGGAACUCUACACCCUUCCAGCUGCCACUCCCUCCAACACCGCGUCCUGCUCCCUCGCCACUUCUUCCACGCUUUGGCACCGUCGUCUCAGUCACCCUGGUCCAGCCGCCAUCCACAGUCUUCGGAAUAUGUCCUCUAUUUCCUGUAAUAAAAUAGACACCUCUUUAUGUCAUGUGUGUCAGUUAGGCAAACAUACCCGAUUACCUUUCGAUAGGUCUUUGUCUCGCACUUUCGCUCCCUUUGAGCUUGUCCAUUGCGAUGUAUGGACCUCUCCGGUGUUGAGUACUUCGGGUUUUAAAUAUUAUUUAGUGGUGCUUGAUGAUUUCAGUCAUUUCUGUUGGACCUUUCCACUCCGACACAAAUCUGAUGUUCAUCGUCAUCUUGUUGAGUUUGCCGAGUAUGUUUCCACCCAAUUUGGCUUACCACUCAAAACCCUUCAGGCUGAUAAUGGCAGAGAGUUUGUCAAUACAGCCACCACUUCCUUUCUUACUAGUCGUGGCACCCAGCUACGACUCUCUUGCCUUUACACCUCUCCCCAAAAUGGUAAAGCCUAACGGAUGCUCCGCACCAUGAACAACUCCAUACGCACCCUUCUUAUACAGGCCUCUAUGCCUCCUUCCUACUGGGCUGAGGCUCUCGCCACCGCCACCUACCUUCUCAACCGGAGACCCUCCUCCUCUGUUCACCACUCACUACCUUUUCAGCUCCUACAUCGCACCACCCCAGACUACUCCCACCUUCGCGUCUUUGGCUGUCUUUGUUACCCAAACUUGAGUGCCACGACUCCACAUAAGCUUGCCCCUCGUUCGACAGUUUGCGUUUUUCUUGGGUACCCGGCCUCCCACAAGGGAUACCGAUGUCUGGAUCUCUCCACUCGCCGCAUCAUCAUUUUGUGCCACGUCGUGUUUGACGAAUCACGAUUUCCCUUCGCGGCAACUCCCCCUGCUCCCUCGUCUUUUGAUUUUUUGUUGCAGGGACUCCCUCCAGCGGUGGCUCCCUCAUCAGAGGUUGAGCAACCGCGACCUCUCACGGUGGCUCCCUCCUCGGAGGUUGAGCAACCGCGACGCCUUACGGUGGCUCCCUCCACGGAGGUUGAGCAACCGUACGUUCCCCUCUUCGGCCGACGCUUGCCGAACGACACCGUCCCUGCGGCACGUGACGCCCGCUCAGCUGGCACGCCCUUGGUCAGUGCCUCCUCGAUCGGCGCUGCCCUGUCGGUCGGUGCCACCCGAGCCGGCACCAUGUCACCAUUCCGCCAUGUCUACACCCGUCGGCCCACCGUGACGGUCCCGCCAUCAUCUUCACCCAAUGUGGUUGUCACGGCUACUGCUCCUCAGCCGCAUUCCAUGGUGACGCGCUCCCAGACUGGCUCCUUACGGCCGGUUGACAGGCUGACCUACACGGCUACCCACGCCACCGCUGCUUCUCCUGUUCCGGCCAAUUAUCGCAGUGCGUUGGCUGAUCCCAACUGGCGCACUGCCAUGGCUGAUGAGUACAAGGCGUUGGUUGACAACGGCACUUGGCGUCUCGUUCCUCGCCCCCCUGGGGCCAACAUUGUGACGGGCAAGUGGAUAUUCAAGCAUAAGUUCCACUCUGAUGGCACUCUUGCUCGUCACAAGGCCCGUUGGGUGGUCCGUGGUUACUCGCAGCAGCAUGGCAUCGACUACGACGAGACAUUUAGCCCGGUUGUCAAGCCGGCCACCAUACGGGUUGUUCUCAGCAUCGCUGCAUCCCGUGCUUGGCCAAUUCAUCAACUGGAUGUGAAGAAUGCGUUUCUUCAUGGUCACCUAGAGGAGACCGUCUAUUGUCAGCAACCCUCCGGGUUUGUUGACCCCGCUGCCCCUGAUGCUGUCUGUCUAUUGCAGAAGUCCCUGUAUGGUCUCAAGCAGGCUCCCCGUGCGUGGUACCAGCGGUUUGCCACGUACAUUCGACAGAUGGGAUUUCUGCCUUCGGCGUCCGAUACAUCUCUCUUUGUUUACAAAGAUGGAGAUCAUAUUGCCUAUCUUCUGUUGUACGUCGACGACAUCAUCCUCACUGCUUCGACCACGUCACUACUUCAGCAGCUUAUGGCUCGCCUCCGCUCCGAGUUCGCCAUGACAGACCUUGGUGACCUCCACUUCUUCCUCGGCAUCUCUGUGACGCGCUCCUCCGCCGGCCUCUUCCUCUCGCAGCGCUAGUACGCUGUGGAUCUUCUUCACCGGGCCGGCAUGGCCGAGUGCCAUUCUACAUCGACACCAGUGGACACUCGUGCCAAGCUCUCCGCCACCGACGGCCUGCCUGUUGCCGAUCCUUCAGAGUACAGGAGCAUCGCUGGCGCCCUACAGUACCUCACGUUGACUCGGCCGGAUUUGGCUUACGCCGUUCAGCAGGUCUGCCUCUUCAUGCAUGAUCCGCGGGAGCCUCAUCUCGCCUUGGUCAAGCGUAUCCUCCGGUACGUGAAGGGCAGCCUCUCCACCGGCCUCCACAUCGGCUCCGGCCCGAUUCAGUCCCUCACGGCAUACUCCGAUGCGGAUUGGGCGGGUUGUCCCGAUUCUCGUCGUUCCACGUCCGGCUACUGUGUCUUCCUUGGAGACAAUCUGGUUUCUUGGUCCUCCAAGCGCCAGACUACUGUCUCUCGUUCCAGUGCUGAGGCGGAGUACCGUGCCGUUGCUCAUGCCGUUGCCGAGUGCUGCUGGUUGCGGCAACUGCUACUGGAACUUCAUGUCCCGAUUGCUUCGGCUACUAUUGUCUAUUGUGACAAUGUCAGUGCUGUUUACAUGACAGCGAAUCCCGUGCAUCAUCGACGGACGAAGCAUAUCGAGAUCGACAUCCACUUUGUCCGUGAAAAGGUGGCUUUGGGACAAGUCCGGGUACUUCAUGUCCCUUCAUCGCACCAGUUCGCGGACAUCAUGACCAAAGGCUUGCCGGUUCAGUUAUUUACUGAUUUUCGGUCCAGUCUGUGCGUUCGUGCUCCUCCCGCUGCGACCGUGGGCGGGUAUUAGGAUUAUUUAUUAAUCUAUAGGCUGUUUAUCUCCUAAACUUUUACACUCCUAGAUAGUUACUCUCCUAGACCUUUGGUCUUAUGUAACUCCCUAGUAUUGAUUGUAAUUCUGCUAUAUAUAUAUAUGAGAGUUCACCUCCCCACAUUGGUGAGGCAUCUAUUCCA